AGAAUGGACACCAUCAUCAACAUCAACAAUAAUAACCAAAAAUACCCACAAAGUGCAGAAGAAUAUCAUAAAGUUCUCUGCAAUUACUUUAUCACCUUACAAUCAGCGAUGCAAUCCACCUCCCGGCCGUCCUCUUCCUCGCCUCCAUCACUUCCAGCAGUGUCAUCAGAGCUCCUUUCAUCGAGCUUUCCAACAAAUGCUCCGGAAUCUUCAUCUCGAGAUUUGGCUCCAAAACAGAACCAAUUCACAAUUAAUGUGGUGCUUUUUGAUGAGAAGAAGAAGAAGAAUCCGGAGGAGAAUUUGCCGGCAAAUGGAGAUCAGCUGGCAACGUUGAGGAGUUUAAUGAUGCAAAUCAACCCCAGCUCACCUCCAUCAAUUCCAGCCACGUCGCCGCAACUACCACUUGCUGAAUCUGAAAAUGUGCCGGAAAGCUCCUCAACUCUGAAAGACCACAAAUUCUCGCUGAACACGAUGCUUUUCAAUGUGAAGAAGAAUGACGCGGUGAAGAUCUCGCUGGCAAAUCAAGAACAAUGGGCAAAAUUUCACGAAAUCGGGACAGAGAUGAUGGUGUUCAAUUCUGGAAGACGUCUAUUCCCACUCCUCGCGUACAAAGUCUCCGGACUGGAUCCCCACAAGUUGUACUGCGCUGGAGUUCAUAUGAUCCCGGACUCGGCUUACAAGCAAGAGUAUGAUCACGACCUGCAACAAUGGGUGAACUGUUUGAACCAGAAAAAGACGAUUUUCAAGCCGACCAGUGAGAUUUUGGGCCGGAUUGAGAAUGGAUUCAAACUUAUGAGCCUUGGAAUCGAUAUGUCUGAUGUGAAGAUUUUCAAUAUUGCAAUCAGAAAGAAGACUCCAUUGCAGAUUGAGAAGAGCCGGAAGCCGAACUUAGACAAAACGAUCGAAGUUCUCAUCCAAUACAAGUACCUCCCGGUGAUCAAAAUCUACGAGCUGAGCAACUCGGGCAUGGAAAAGAAGGAAAUUGCUCAGGCAACAUUCCCGGAAACCUCAUUCGUGACGGUGUCAAUCUACAGAAACCAAAAAAUCAAGGAAAUGAAGACACUUGGAAACAAGUAUUGUAGAACUGAUCGCAAGCAAAUUGUCAUGGAGCAACGCGGCGAGCUGGAGCAAUAAUCUAUUUGGAUUAAUUACUUAUUGAAAUUUAAAUUCAAGUUAAUAAUUAAUUCUACUGUUUAGAAAGAAUUGAGAUUGUGAAAAUUAAGGUAAUAAAGCUGUGAAAUAU